UCAACCCACGGACCCACAAUCGUGAGGAACGAGGGGAAAAAACCAUCCUCGAGUCUUUUGCCUUCACUGCGCUGAGCUAUCAGGCCGACACCGUGAUAACCGCAUCGGAUCUGUUAUUCCAACGAGGCGAGGAAUUGUGGAUUUACAUCAGUCUCAAACUGCGUUAGGAAGAUGAUGUGCUGUUUUACUCUGUGAAAUAGUUGGACCGAAUUAUGUCGCUGUUUCAGAUGUUUCGUGGUUAAGCUUUCCUCUUCGUUUGGAUUGUGUUUUUUCCUCCUCCUGCCGUUAUUAGUGAGAGAUGCGCUCCGAACAUUUUGGAAAAGAGGCAGAUUGUCUGAAGAGGGUUGGAAAUAAAGCUUCAUGGAUAUAGACCGACGACGAGACCGGGCUUGAUUUAUCUGUGGAUGACCUGCCGCAAAUGCCUCCCCCACCCCUGCCCCUGACUCCCUGCCUCUUGCGUAGCUGGGAUGGAAUUCCAAAUUGUCAAUAGGAUGGAACCUGACAAAUCGUAGGCUUUCUGAUGUUCGGAUGCUUACAGAAAUCCAUGUGGGAAUACUUGCCAUGCGAAAAGCCUUUGAGAUUUUUGACAGUUUCGCUCUCAGAAGGCCUGGUAUUUUGGGUUUGAUCGUUUCUUUCGUGCAACUGGAUAUAAAGUAGCGCCACCAGCGGUGGGACUAGCGUAGUGAAGAGGGAUCGAGCAUGUCUUUACAACGACCAAAUCGCUUGGGCGGUGUCUGGAAGGCCAUGUUUCUACGGCUAAGCCUAAGCGCUAGUCUGGAUCUGCCGUUCUUGUGUUGGAUAUUGGGCUUGGCCUUGCACGCCCAGCUUGCUGCCUCGCAAAAACUGGACGAGACGGAUCCGGUGGUGACUACCACUUACGGCAAACUGCGAGGAUUCAAAAAAGAACUCAACAAUGAGAUCUUGGGUCCCGUCGUCCAAUUUCUGGGUGUCCCCUAUGCUGCGCCCCCUACGGGGGAACGACGCUUUCAACCACCCGAACCUCCAAUCUCGUGGUCAGAUAUCCGUAACGCUACACAAUUCGCCCCCGUUUGUCCUCAAACCCUGCUGGAGGGCAGGCUACCGGACGUUAUGCUGCCGGUUUGGUUCACCAACAGUAUCGACGUGGUAUCCUCCUACGUACAAGACCAGAGCGAGGACUGCCUUUUCUUAAACAUAUACGUGCCAACGGAGGAUGACAUCCGUGAGAGCGGGAGCCCUAAACCCGUGAUGGUAUUCAUACACGGAGGAUCCUACAUGGAAGGCACGGGAAAUAUGUUUGACGGGAGCAUCCUGGCUAGUUACGGCAACGUCAUCGUCAUAACCGUCAACUAUCGGCUUGGUGUGCUUGGUUUCUUGAGCACAGGAGACCAGGCGGCCAAAGGAAACUACGGACUUCUUGAUCUAAUCCAGGCCCUGCGCUGGACGAGCGAAAACAUUGCGUUCUUUGGGGGUGACCCUUUACGCAUAACUGUUUUUGGGUCUGGAGCCGGGGCGUCGUGUGUCAACCUCCUGACUAUUUCCCAUUAUUCUGAAGGUAACCGUUGGAGCAAUUCAACCAAAGGUCUUUUCCAAAGGGCCAUAGCCCAAAGUGGCACAGCCUUGUCCAGCUGGGCUGUCAGCUUUCAACCAGCCAAGUAUGCCCGCAUGCUGGCCAAGAAGGUUGGGUGCAACCUCAAAGAUACAGUGGAGAUGGUAGAGUGCCUACAGAAAAAACACUACAAAGAGUUAGUGGAGCAGGACAUCCAGCCCGCUCGCUACCACAUCGCCUUCGGUCCUGUCAUUGAUGGCGAUGUUAUCCCUGACGACCCUCAGAUCCUCAUGGAACAAGGGGAGUUCCUCAAUUAUGACAUCAUGCUGGGCGUCAACCAGGGCGAGGGGCUAAAGUUUGUGGAACUCAUCGUGGACAACGAGAAUGGCGUGCAAGCCAAUGAUUUCGACUACGCCGUGUCGAGUUUCGUGGACGAUUUGUACGGUUAUCCAGAGGGGAAGGACAUUCUGCGGGAGACUAUUAAGUUUAUGUACACUGACUGGGCAGAUCGUCACAACCCGGAGACCAGGAGAAAGACCCUGCUGGCUCUGUUCACAGAUCAUCAGUGGGUGGCACCAGCAGUGGCCACCGCCGACCUUCACUCCAGCUUUGGCUCCCCUACUUAUUUCUAUGCGUUCUACCAUCACUGCCAAACAGAGCAGGUGCCUCCCUGGGCUGACGCAGCGCAUGGUGAUGAGAUCCCCUAUGUGUUUGGGCUUCCCAUGAUUGGUCCAACCGAACUCUUCCCUUGCAACUUUUCCAAAAAUGAUGUGAUGCUCAGUGCGGUUGUGAUGACAUACUGGACAAACUUUGCAAAGACCGGUGAUCCCAACCAGCCAGUUCCACAAGACACCAAGUUCAUCCACACCAAACCCAACCGCUUUGAGGAAGUGGCAUGGACACGUUACAACCAGAAGGACCAGCUAUACCUUCACAUUGGCUUGAAGCCCCGUGUCAAGGAACAUUACCGUGCCAAUAAAGUCAACCUGUGGCUGGAACUGGUGCCUCAUCUCCACAGCCUCAACGAGGUCACCCAGAUAGUUUCCACUACCACUAAGUUGCCUCCACCCGAGGUUACUCCCCGUACACCAAAGAAGAUCCCAGUCAAUACCAAGAGGCCCUACCCCACGCCGUUCCCCACGGAAACGCAGGACAGCCACAACCAGAAUCAGAACCAACCCUUUCUGGUAGACCAGCGGGACUAUUCCACCGAGCUCAGUGUCACCAUCGCCGUGGGUGCUUCAUUGCUCUUCCUCAACAUCUUGGCUUUCGCAGCGCUGUACUACAAGAAAGAUAAACGGAGACAUGAGGUUCAUCGACGCUGCAGCCCGCAAAGGACCACCGCCAAUGAGCUGCCCCACACGCAGGAGGAGGAAAUCAUGUCUCUCCAAAUGAAACACAGCGAUCUGGAGAGGGAAUGUCGAGAGGCCAUGCACCCCCAUGAGGUGGUCCUGAGAACUGUCUGCCCACCCGAUUACACGCUCGCGAUGCGCCGUUCGCCGGACGACAUCCCGCUCAUGACCCCAAACACCAUUACAAUGAUUCCCAACAGCAUGCCGGGCCUUACCUCUUUACACCCGUAUAACAGCUACUCCAGCGGACAGAAUAACACCCUUCCCCAUCCACAUCCCCAUUCACACUCCACCACCAGAGUAUAGCCACACACAAACACUGACAUACACACAGAUACGCUCCCGCGGAUGUGGAGUUUGAGUGUGGCGACGGACAACAAGCAGAGGUGACAUCACAGAGUGAGGAAUAUCUUUACUCCAGUUGUUCAGAGGAACAGGAAUUAACAAUGCAGAUUUUUUUCUCUUUCCUCGAGGGCGAUACUAUCCUUUUAUAUCAGAGGGGAAAAACAAAACACAAAACGUGCAAGAUGAUUUCAGAUUUAAUGAAAGACGAACUGAGUUGAUUUUUACUCCUUGUAUUGUGACAAAACAAGGACCAUUUCUUGGAAACAAUUAUCAGUUCGGGGUUCAUGGAGGAAUGGUUUGAUUCGUAACCCGGAGAGGAAACGGCGGAAUCAGAGAAGAGAUGACGUGUGGGAGGCCCUUUGUAAACAAACGGAAACAUAUUGUUUUCCCGAGGCGCUGGAUUGUAGAUUACUCUCCUCUGAGCAGAGAUGCUGCUUACCUAAUUUAGGCAUGUGUUCUCCUGAUGGUAGCACUGUAAGAUACGGAAUACAUCAAUACGGGGAAAAAGACGCGAUUGAGAAAUCCUCGAGAAUAUGCACAAUAGAGACAUUCACUGAAUGUCUUUGAAUUUUUUUUUGUCAAUGUAUUUUUUGGGGGAACCGUUUUAUUGUAUAGGACCUAUUUACAUAUCUAGAUAUGUACACAAAGCACCCAUGCUCUUUAAGCCCUGGCUGGGGGCGUCGAUACUGAGGAAUCUGCCUCAAGAGCGUAGCGGGGAAUUUAUUGGCUUUCUGGCAGAUACGGCUUCAUCACACAAGUGCUGUCUAUACUGAAAACUGGUGGACUGGAGGCUGGAUAUUUUUAGCACGAUGCGCAUGACAAUUUAUCUGCUUGGUGGCUGUUCUGCUGAUUAAGUCAUUAUUUAAAACAAAAAAAGUCAUUUUCUUCCCCAUUUGGAUUUGUUUAAGGAUAUACUGCUCUGAUUGGCUCGCAGGCAUUGGAAUAUGCUGG